AUGGACACCCCAGAAGACAUCGUGAAUGUAAGUGGAAAAUGCUACGAGAAUGUUAAAGUAUUCUCGGAAGGAUUGUGGAGUGUAAAACCUGGAGAAAGUAUUCUACAACAUUCAUUGGUUCGUUUCCAUUUUGAGUUACUUGCGAUGUUCUUCCUCGCCGGUUCAUUUCACUUUUUCCUCAAACGAUUUCAUUUUUCACGUUUCACCUCGGAUGUCCUGGCAGGUAUAGCAGUGGGACCGACUGUAAUGGGAUAUUACUUUGGCAGGACAUCAGAUGACUUGUUCCAUACAAGCAUUCCCAAUCAAGUAGCUAAUUCAUUAUCAAAGAUUGGUUACAUUCUCUUCGUUUUUUUUGCUGGAGUACAAAUGGACACGACCUUGAUAUGGAAAACAGGAAGAAAAGCUUUUUCUUUAGGGGCGUUCAUCUUUGCAACCACUUUCAUAAUGGCAAGUUCUAUUGCUAUCUUAUUCCCCAAAGAUAAUGGCUUAACUAUCGGAAUCAAGGGUGGAAUGAUUUUCACUGGGAAUAUGUAUUUUGAAUCAAUGAUCCAGACCGAAUUCGUUGGAGUCUGUUACAUUUUAAUGCAGCUUCAGAUUAUAAAUUCACAGCUCGGACGCCUUGCUCUAGCAUCAUCAAUGCAUUAUAAGUUGAUGAGCCUGGUAUAUAAUAUUACGAAUGGUUUUGGAAGGGGUUUGAGAACUACAUCGAUUCGUGUUGGAGUUCAGAUGGUUAUUUUAUCCUUGGCAUACAUUUUGUUUAUUGUGAUCAUCUUGAGGCAGAUGAUAUUCACGUUCAUUAGAAUAACACCGCAAGGUCAGCCUUUGAAGGAAAUUUAUGCUACCAUUACCAUGGCCUGCGUGUUUCUUUUAGCAUCAAGUGGUGAUUGUGUAGGGCUAAAUUAUGUGUUUGGCCCUUUAAUACUUGGGUUGAUAGUGCCUGCAAGGUCUCCAUUAGCUGAAAUCCUGGUACAAAAGUUUAAUACGGCUGCUUCAGGAUUUCUUCUCCCACUCAUGACAAUGUUCUGUGCCUCCAAAAUUGAUUUACAUCAAUUCAUCUCGGAAUUCAACACUCUGGUCGCCUUCAAGAUCUCAUUGAUUGGAUUCGCAAUUAAGGUGGCGGUAACUUUUCUAGCGGUGUACUUUUACAAGUUACCUUUAAGACAUGCUGCUGCGCUUACAGUCAUCUUGAAUGCCAAAGGCCAUUUCGAGGUGGGAACUUUUAUCAGCUUCAAUCCACUUAAGGAAAUUCAAAGUACCAGUGGGAUUUUGUUACUAUUUCUGUUACAAGCCUUUCAACCACUUCUUGUCAAGACUCUCUACCAUCCUGCAGAGCACUACGUAAGCUACAAGCAAAAAACGAUCGAGCAAGUUUCAAAUGAUGCAGAGCUCCAGAUACUGGUAUGUGCGCAUAGAGAGGAAGACGUCAUGGCAGCAAUAACACUCCUAGAAUAUUCUAAUCCAACAAAACAGAAUCCCUUGUCCAUUUAUGGACUCUGCCUGGAGGAACUUGUUAGCAGCUUUAUCCCUGUUCUAAUCAACCACCAAUUAGGACAAAAAAUCUCUUAUUCUGAGGGAUCCCGCUCGCAACCCAUCAUUGACAUCUUCAAGUACUUCAAGACGCAACACAACAAGUUCGUCCAGAUGCAUGUGUUCACUGCAAUAUCACCAUUUAAACAGAUGCACGAAGACAUUUGCUGGCUGUCUUUCGACAAGGAUUGUUCCCUAGUAAUAAUUCCAUUUCAUAAGAAAUGGAAUAGCAAAGGCAAAAUGGUUUCAAGCAAUACUGAUUUGAGGAAUUUGAACAUCAACGUAUUGAAAAAUGCCCCUUGUUCUGUAGGAACCCUCAUUGAUCGUAAAAGAGCGCAGGGGUUGUCUUCUAUUUUUUCCACGUCAGCAACUUACCGUGUGGCCGCCCUGUUCGUUGGAGGCUCAGAUGACAGGGAGGCAAUAUCUUAUGCCUUAAGGAUGGCAAGAAGCCCCAGAGUUCAUCUAACAAUCAUGCAUCUCGUUGCACACAAUGACGAUGUCCAUAAUUGGGAGAAUAUGGUCAAUGAUGACUUUUUAAGAAAAGUGAAAGCAGAAAUGUCAGGGCAUAAGAACAUCGAUUACAUAGAGGAGUUAGUGAGAGAUGGAUCUGAUACAUCUGAGGUACUUCAAUCAAUUGUAGAGGAUCGUGACCUUAUCAUGGUAGGGCGUCAACAUGAAAAUGAGCCUCAAGCUUUAGCAGGCCUAUCUGCAGAAUGGAUUGAUUUUCCAGAGCUUGGGCCAAUGGGUGACCUGCUUGCAUCUGAAUAUAUUUCUAAUCCAGUUUCAGUUUUGGUGGUUCAACAACAAAAGAAGAAAUUUUCGUAA